AUGUUGACCUGGUGGAUCUUAUGGAAGCUAAUUCUAAGUCAAGUAAAUUUCUUUCGUGAACUUGCUGGACUUCCGAAGCUUCCUAAAUCUCCACCACCAAAAACUCAUAAAAAACGUCAAUCCUCACAAUAUUCCAUACCGAGUUCGCCUAUAAGUCAACAUAGUCGACACUCUUCUUCGUCUUCAAAGAGACUUAGUAGACAAUAUGAUAAACGUUAG